AUGGCUUGGGGUUGUUUUGGAUUCAAUGGAGUCGGAUCGCUUGUCAAAAUACAUGGAACUUUAAAGAAAGAACAGACGACUUUCACUGGGUCACAGCUCGCUGAGCUGGAGAGAGCGUUCUGCGCGACGCAUUAUCCGGACGUUUUCCUGCGCGAGGAACUAGCCGCUCGGGUCGAGCUCACCGAGGCCCGAGUGCAGGUUUGGUUCCAGAAUAGAAGAGCAAAGUGGCGAAAACAGGAAAAGUAUAAAGUUAAGGGUGAUAUAGAAAAGGCCGAUGCUCCAAUUACUGAUUUUUACGGGAAAGACGAUAAAGGAUGCCCAAAUGCAAAAUCGAGUUAUCGAUCUGACGAGAUGAUCACCACAUUACCUUACAUAGAUGUUGUGCAGCAAUUACCGAUUGUACAACCCGACUACAAUUAUUACAGCAUCGAUCUAAAUAUUGAAUCGAUUAUAAAACAGAAUGAUAAUGAUAUAUCAAAUAUCGAAUGGAUGACUUAUAAUAAUCCCCAGGCUAAAAAAGAAUUAUCUUGUCAGCACGAAAGCGAUUGCGAAAUGCGGCCGAACGAUCAUGGUUCCAUCGACCUGGCCAUCGACGCGGACAAAAGUUUCGGCGAUGUCGCCUCUUACGAUAUCAUCAGCAAAGAAAAUUCAUCGAUGAGAACUGAAUUUGCUCCCGUCGAUAUUAUUGACGGACAAGAGAAACACAUGGAAAGUAGUUCACUUCUUCUGCAAUACGAUGUGGAAUGUCAUCAUGAUGAUUUUAUUGAUAAAAAUAAUGAACGAACAAUGGCCUCACCACUGGAAAUAGAAAAUACACUCUUGAAUAAUGAUGAUGACAGCUUCAAUCUGUCCAGCGAUAUGCUUCUUUGCAGAAACGAAAAUAAUUUUGAUAUGUCAACAAAUCUAAAUAGUUACGCCAUUGAUUCCGACUUAUUGAAAAUAAGAAGCCCGUUUUUCAGAAACGCUAUAAUAUAA